UCUGCUCGCGGCCGCGCAGGACUCUCGUAUGGCAGCAGCCAAAACAAGUGUGUGCGGCGUCUCCCCGGAGCUUCACAGUCCAGCUGGCUAUCUAUCAUCAAUCAUGGCGGCCGAAGUGGAAGUUUAACUCGCGUCUUCCCUCCCUUGUCGACCGAGGGGAGGAUUUUUCGCAAAUUUUUUUUUUUACUCCAAAAGAAGGAAAAAAAAAUCAGCCUCGCGCUGAUUCGGAUAUCCUUUCGGAAUUACUGCACAUCUCACCGGGGAGAUACCAUUCAUGUCAACGCUGCAAAAUGCAGCCACCGCCGCGGAAGGUCAAAGUGACACAGGAGCUGAAAAACACUCACACAGAGCAGAUGACAAGGCUGCACUUUAAACAUCAGACUGAAUGUGACCUGCUUGAAGAUAUGAGGAGUUACAGCCUAAAGAAAGGACAGCUGGAGCGGGACUACGCACAAGCUCUGCAGAAGUUAGCAAGUCAGUACUUGAAGAGAGACUGGCCUGGAAUCAGUCCUGAUGACCAGAGAACUGACUACAGGAAUGUUUAUGCAGUUUGGAGGGCGUACCUGGAGGGAACGGUCCAGGUGAGCCAGUCCAAGCUCAACGUGUGUGAUAACUACAAGAGUCAAGUAUCAGAGCCUGCAAAGACUGUUAGACUUUAUAAAGAACAGCAACUCAAAAAGACCAUCGACCAGCUAAGUGACAUUCAAGCUGAGCUGCAAGAAUCUGUGAAGGAGUUGGCAAAAGCCAAGAAGAAAUACUACGAGUGUGAGCAGGUGGCCCACGCUGUACGAGAGAAAGCCGAUAUUGAGGCCAAAUCUAAAUUGGGUCUUUUUCAGUCAAGAAUUAGUUUACAGAAAGCAAGUGUGAAGUUGAAAGCUAAAAGAAGCGACUGUAACUCCAAGGCAACGCAGGCCAGGAAUGACUACUUGCUAACGCUAGCUGCUGCCAACGCUCAUCACGACCGCUACUACCACACGGAUCUGCCGCACUGCAUACAGGCUCUGGAUGGGAGGAUCUAUGAACAUGUGAAGGACUACCUGGUAGCGCUGUGUCGCACCGAGCUGGAGGCCUCUCAAACAUCACAUAACACCUUCCAGUUUCUGUUGGAGAAAUCGACCAGAAUAAUUCAAGAGUUCAACCAGCAGUUGUUCAUGCAGGAAAACCCAGUCUUUCACAAAUCACAGGACUUUCAGUUCCAGCCCAGUGAAUGUGACAUGACUCUAAGCUCGGAGGAGCAGUUGGUGGACAUUGAGCCGUCGCCCGUCAGUGCCAUGAGAAUGACCCUGGCACAGAGUCGACAGCUGGAGUCUGAGUCAGGAACAACGGAGGAACACAGUCUGAACAAAGAGGCCAGAAAAUGGGCCACCAGAGUGGCCAGAGAGCACAAGAACAUCAUUCACUUCAAGAGAUCUCUGGAGGAGUGUGAAAGUCACGGUUUGCCCCCCACUGAGCAGGGCAGACUGGAGCUGGAGCUGAAGAUAGAAGACACCAAAGAGAUGAUGCGCAAAGCUGAGACCAUAAAGUUGAAAGCUGAAGCUCGUUUGGAUCUUCUUCGACAAGUGGGAGUUGCCGUGGACACCUGGCUGAAAAGUGCCAUGAACCAGGUGAUGGAGGAGCUGGAGAAUGAACGUUGGGCCAGCUUCACUUCCCACGGUCCCUCACUGUCGGGCUCGGUGGACUUGGAGCGGGAGGAGGGCGAGGAGGGGGAGGAGAACAUGGAGGUUUUUGACGACAGCAGUUCCAGUCCUUCUGGAACUCUCCGCAACUACCCACUAACCUGCAAAGUGCUUUAUUCAUACAAGGCCUCUCAGCCAGACGAGUUAACGAUUGAUGAACAGGAGAUGCUGGAGGUUAUUGAGGAUGGAGACAUGGAGGACUGGGUCAAGGCCCGCAACAAGACGGGUCUCGUGGGUUAUGUCCCUGAAAAAUACCUGCAGUUCCCGACUUCCAACAGCCUACUGAGUAUGCUCCAGUCCCUGACCACGCUGGACGCUCGCUCCCACACGUCGUCCAAUUCAACGGAGCCAGAGCUGCAUGCGGUCUGCGUCAAUGGAGACACAAACACGGCGUUGUUCGUCCGCGCGCUCUACGAUUAUGUCGGCCAGGCCGACGAGGAGCUCUCCUUCUCUGAGGGCGCCGUGAUCCGCCUGCUGAGCCGGGACACCCAAACCGACGACGGCUUCUGGGAAGGGGAGCUGAACGGACGGGUGGGAGUUUUUCCUUCUGUCCUUGUGGAAGAUCUCACAGAGAAUGGAGAAGCUGGUGGGGGAGCGCCACAUGACAGACAGAUUUCUCCAUCUGUAAAAUUGCAGUCGUCUCUGCUGCCUCUCCCACUGUACGAUCAGCCUCCCAUCAGCCCUUUCACCAGCCCGGAGACUUCCACCCCCCCUCCUCUGCCGCGCUCCCCCUCAUCUGCACUCAACGGGGAGCACAAGCUUCCACUGCCUGCAGCAUCGUACAAAGGGCAGCUGUCCUCUCACAAUCAAAGCUCUGGCCGCAGUCCGGUGUCUCCGGGGUUUACUCAGCCUCUACGGUUCACCCCUGAAGGAGGACCCGGCAAACUUCGACCUGUACGAGCAGCUCCUCCCCCACCCAAACAACACCCCCGCCGACACCAGGAGAAGAGCGACAAAACAGAGGAGGUGGAGAUUACGCUUGUGUGACGAGGAGCGACAGCUGCCCUAAAAGAACUGGAGACACCCCCGGACCUGAAAGCAGGAGGAAAGCAGGCGUAGAGCGGAUUGGAAGCGGUUUGAUUCCUCCAGACGCUCGGCGGCGAUCUCAAUCUCAAGAUAAUAACAUGAGCAGAGAUAUGGGAUAAUAGAACCUCCGCUCUCUAAGGAAAGGAAGCAGCGCCCCCACCUCUCUGCUCCACCUUUUCUGUUCUUCCGCUCCAACCUCAGACCUGACAGACAGGAAGUAGACCUGCUGCAACAGGAAGAGGGUUCCGAAAGAGGGUUCCGAAAGGUUUUGUGUGUCGUUAAACUCAGUAGACGGAAAGUAAAGCAGUAAAUUUGAUGUUUUAGCUCAAGAGCGUCAAACAAGGUUUCAAAGUGUGGUCAAAGAUUCUCCGGAAACACGAGUUUGUGUGGAGGAAAUCGGAUUGGUGUUGGAUUUUCUGAGACGAUGCUUUACGAGUGUUGGGGGCUCAAAAGUGUUUAAAGGUAGUAAACAGAGAAAGCCUACACCAUAUAUAGUCAUUAUCAUCAUCAUCAAAUGUAUGUAUUGUGUAUUAUUAGUACAGUACAUUACUGUUGUCAUAGGAAUGUUCAACUCAGCGCAAAGUUUGAAGUUUGUGUAGGAGGAAGGACAAACCGAUGAAAGGAAAUGAGAAGAGUUUAAAAAAAGAAAACUAAAGAGCAGACGGAGGCUGGAUCCUCUGAUCUGCUUUAACCUUCAUCUGGUCUCAUCCCUGCGGUGAAUCUGUGUUUCUUCAGGUCCGUCCCCACUGAGUCCUGAACCACACAGACGUACAUUUUCUUCUGUGUGGCUGAUUGGAAAGGUGGUUUACUUUAUUUUGAAGUGAUGAGAACAGCUCCACUGAAACCCGGUGAACUCGUGUCUUUGUGGCCGUGCCAUGCAUCACGUUGGUGGGGGCUUUCUGUCAUCGCCCAUUUUCCAGCCGUUUUCCCUGUUUUGACCAUUGACCAUAUUUGAGAACUGGACUGAGUGAGUGUGACGUCAUGCAUAGAAAAUGGUUCACUCUCCGCUCCGACCAAUUGAAGUCCUUCAGUUGCCUUUAUGGUUGUUUUUACAUAAAAGUAAAAUAAAUCUACCAUCCCUCAAUCCAAAUGCCAUUUUUCAAUGUCAAUAUAAUCGAUAUUUAUCUUUUUGAAACUAAGUUAUAAUUCUUGAAUUCCACUCAAUAAAUAACUUGUCGCAGACAGAUUGAUCUGGUUGGAUAAGCCGAUUAAUCGUUAACACCCCUAGUUACUACCAGAUCUGAGUCCCUGAUUGGUCAAAGUUCAACCUGAUUUAACUUUCAAUCCACUGUUAAUGGAUGCGCGAUUUGGGCACAUUUUGUUUAAAACCCCAGGGAGGAGUCACUCAGUCCAGUUCUCAAAUACAGUCGAUGAUUUGAACCCACAGCAAAGGCAGCAGGUGACCAGCGAGUGACGUUCAAAUGCAGCAAAGUACAAACCUGUGACUUUCCUUCAAGUAAAACAGAAUCUCUCCUUCAUGUACACUUUAAGCCUUUGGGUCUUUACCUAUAUGACAAAAGUAGCACUUUUAUUUAUUUAUUUGUACCCUCCCCUAAAGGUCAUUGUAACCUCAUGUGGUAUCUGCAUGGAUAGAGAAAACUGACAAAUCAAUGUAGCUACAAAUACAGAAAUAUUGUUGUUUUUAUUCUAUACUGACUUUAUAAACGAGCAGAUUUAGUGGCAUUGAUAUUUAAAAACCUCCAAAGACAUGGAAAGAAAAUUGUCGAGGCUUUAAAAUUUUCUGAAUUUUAUAAAAAAAUAAAAAUAAAAACAGAAGAAUUUUGAAUUGAGAUGUGAUGUUUAAUUUAUUUUACUCAUCUAUUCUGGAUUCCUCCCAGUGUCUUUUCACAUCAGCUCUAUUUUAGAGCUCUGUGUUCGCUCUGAAUAAAUCACACUUUUAGCUAAAAAUAGGAGUUGUUUUUUUAUUGCGCUAUAUGAAGUUGUUGAAAGCAACAAAGAAAGUUAACACUGCUUAAAACAAUCUUAAACAAUAAACUGUGCUUCAGAAAUGAAAAAAAGUAUAUUUAAACUUAGUACAAAAUAACAAAUCCCCAAAGAUAUAAGAACCCUAUCAGUAACAGUAUAAAUGUCAUUGUUUUGUGACUGCAGAGACAGUAUUCACUAAAUACUAACCUUGACAGAAGUUCGGUAGAACGUCUCAUCCUGCUGUUGCUGGAUCAAUACCUGAAAACUUUAACCUCCUUUAUUUUGAAAUGAUGUUUUUCUAGCUUCCUGUGACCCUGAUGAAAAAAAGAAGUGAAGUGUGGAGCUUAAAUCCAUCGGCGUCCGUGCUGCUGUCACUCACAUCGUUCCUGCUUCCAGGUUUCCCUCCACUAACCUUCUGGAUCUGCUGACGUGUUCAAUGAUUUGGUUUCUAUGUUUUCUAUACGUGUAUUUUUUAUGAUUCAGAGCGGGAACAUUCGGCCUUCUUCUCUUCUCACACACUGCUGACUGAAAUGAGAACAGGCCUUCCUGAGUGUCAUAUCAGCUGUACAAUAACUGAAGUUUGUAUUUAUUGUGUAAAAAUGUUAAUAAAAAAAUAUGAUGAA